AAGCUCUCAUCACAAGUCCCUUUCCACUUCCCCAAGAACCAAAGCACUCAUCAAAUGCAAGAUUAAACAAAGAUAGCUAGGCAGUGAUUCUAUUAUUACAGAAUCAAACAUUAUACUAAUCAUAAAAUGCAAAGCUUAUGUAUGACACUAUCAAAUGUAAAUAAUGCUAUGCUAUGACAAAAUGCCAAGCUUCCCCAUAUAAUAACACACACAACACAAGCUUGACAUGAAUCACUGUAAAUGCUUCUUGUUCCUAUACUUUUGCAAAUAAAAACCCCCCAAAUCAACUUUCCCAGACUCAUUCAUUCUUUCACCAGUUUGGAAAUGCAGCACACACCAAUGACAACAAGAACAACACUCACUUCCCUCAUUCUCUUCCUCUUCUGCAUUUCCCCAUUAACAACAACAGUCCACACUCGAACCACACCUCAUACCCCCAAAACGACACUCCUCAACGUCGUUGCAUCCAUUCAACAAACACACAAUGCCGUCACCUCAAACCGCCACCAAAUACUGCAACAACCGCAGCAAACUGAAUCACCCUCAUCACUCUCCCUUCAACUCCAUUCUCGAGUCUCCAUUCAAAAACCCUCACACGACAACUACAAAUCUCUCACCCUAUCUCGACUCGACCGUGACUCAGCCCGAGUCACCGCCCUGCAAACUCGCCUGAAUCUCGCCACCAACCGCAUCUCUCAAUCAUUCAGCUCCGAGAAACUGAAAGCACCAAUCGUCUCCGGAACUAGCCAGGGAAGCGGCGAGUACUUCCUUCGAGUCGGAAUCGGAAAACCGCCGACUCCGGCAUACGUGGUGGCCGACACCGGGAGUGACGUCAGCUGGAUCCAAUGCUCGCCGUGUUCUGACUGCUACGAACAAUCCGACCCGGUUUUCAACCCGGCUUCUUCCACCUCCUACUCCCAGAUCCACUGCGGAACGCCGCAGUGCAAGUCGCUGGACCUCUCCGAGUGCCGCAAUGGAACGUGCCUCUACGAGGUUUCCUACGGCGAUGGAUCCUACACCGUCGGGGAGUUUGUUACAGAAACGGUUACUCUCGGGUCGAGUUCAAUUGACAGUGUCGCCAUAGGGUGUGGCCACCAUAACGAAGGUUUGUUCGUCGGCGCCGCCGGGUUGCUCGGAUUAGGCGGCGGGAAACUCUCUUUUCCGGCGCAGAUAAACGCCACGUCGUUCUCCUACUGCCUCGUCGACCGUGACUCCGAUUCGGCUUCCACGCUGGAGUUUGACUCAGCAUUCCCGCGAAACACCGUCACCGCGCCGUUACGGCGGAAUCCGGAUCUGGACACGUUUUACUACCUUGGCCUGACCGGGCUCAGCGUCGGCGGUGAGGUUCUUCCGAUUCCGGAGGCGAGUUUCGAGGUUGACGCUGUCGGUGAAGGAGGAAUCAUUGUGGAUUCCGGCACGGCGGUGACUCGGUUGCGGAGCGAAGUGUACGACGAACUCCGGGACGCGUUUAAGAGGGGGGCGCGGGGGUUGCCGGCGGCGGAGGGUGUGUCGUUGUUUGACACGUGCUACGACUUGUCGUCGAAGACGAGCGUGGAGGUUCCGACGGUGGCGUUACAUUUUCCCGAUGGGAAGGAGUUACCGUUACCGGCGAAGAAUUACCUGAUACCGGUUGACUCGGUUGGGACGUUUUGUUUUGCUUUCGCGCCAACGACGUCGUCGCUGUCGAUCAUUGGGAACGUGCAGCAGCAGGGGACACGUGUCGGUUUCGAUAUUGCUAACUCUCUCGUUGGAUUCUCUGCCAAUAGUUGCUAGGAGUGAGUGGUAGAUGUAGAACGGUAGGAAUAGAAUCUCGUGCUUAUUUUCAUUUAAUUAAAUGUUUAUUUAACUUAAUUUGAAAUUAUUUAUUUUUAUGCUUUUUUACCCUUGAAGUAAAGGGUUGAAUGUUUGUAACCCUGAGUAAUGUAAAGUUGGGCUAGUUUCUUAAAUGUAUCAGAAAAAAUUUAUUGGUCAGCUUCUACCUAUGACGAUUAAUGUGCUAA